UCAAUAUUCUGACAUUAAUGACACUUGUUCAUAUUGUGGCCUUGUGGAAGAAACUAAUAGAUUUUAAGUUUAUUUAGUUCUUGUGUUUUUAAUCCCAUACAUGAGGUUCGUUGUUUUGUCCUUAUGUAAAUCCAGAAGGUUUAUCUUGAACAUGUUUAGGAAUAUUUGCAAAAUUCUUUAUCCAAAAGCAAACAUUGUCGGUGAACACAGGGACGUCUCUGGUCCUGUCCAGUCUGCUGUCUGUACUGGUCUUUGCUGGCAUGCAGAUGUUCAGCAGGCAGCUGGCCUCAUCUGAGUGGCUCACCAUCCUGGGAGGUUUCCUGGGAUCAUUACUCUUCAUCUGCUCCCUCACUGCCUUUAACAAUCUGGAGAAUCUUGUCUUCGGUAAAGGUUUCCAGGCGAAGAUCUUUCCAGAGAUUUUUCUGUGCCUGUGUCUGUCCCUGUUUGCAUCUGGUUUGGUGCAUCGUGUGUGUGUCACCACUUGCUUGAUCUUCUCGCUCUUCGCUUUGUACUACAUCAACAAAGUGUCGGCGGCUCUUUACCAGGUGGCCGCGCCUGUGGCAACUCCUGCCAAAACCAGUGGCAAGGGCAAGAGGAAGAACUGACUGAACCUGCCCCAAUCAUCACAGCAACACUGAUUAUUUGUCAUACUGCAGUAAUAUCUUGUCAGAAAUUUAGCCCAUUUUAUGAUUCCUCUGCAUUCCACAGGCCAUAUAAAUCCCCAAUCAGGAGUCACAAAGAUUGUUAAUAUCCCCAAAAAUAAUGCAUAUUGUUUGUGUAUGUAUUUCUGUCUCGCAAAUUCAGCAUUGUGUUACAUUUGUUCACACAUUGCAGUAAACUUUCCUGUACUGAUUACUGAUCGACUCUGCAAAGAUUUCUCAUGUUUUUCCGGUCAUAGCUGUGUGAAUUGAUUUCACUUAUCAGGUAUUUUUUGUUAAAGGAUUUGCUAUUAAAACAUUAAAAUGGUG